AAUGGUGUUCAGUCCCUCCCGAUACUGCUUCCUCCUCCCUCAAACUCUCUUCUUGUCGAUCUUUUAGCCUUAUUUUCGAGUGUCUAGAGACCCUUUCAACCACAAUAAUAACUCAAAUAAAGACCUUCAAGGUGAGGUCUUAUCUUUAAAGCAGCCAUGGGUUGCUGCUGCGGGAAGCCACGUGCUAAAUACGAGACAAAAAGAGAGCCGGACCAGCAGAAGCCUGGCGGUCAAGUCGUUGACGGUGGCGGUGGCUACAACCCUUCAAUUAUUGGAGGCUACAAUCAAGGUCCAAAUACAGCGAACCGAACUAACGGAAUGCACUUUCAGUCCAGUUCAGGAAUAAUGCAGCCAUCAUCCUUCCCAGGAAUGAUGCAACAGCAAAAAGCAACGAAUAUUUAUGUGGCUCUUUACGAUUAUGACGCGCGAACGAACGAAGACUUGAGCUUCAGAAAAGGCGAGCGCCUUCAAGUUGUUGAUAACACUGAUGGAGAUUGGUGGCUUGCUAGGUCGCUAACUACUCAAAGAGAAGGUUAUAUUCCUAGCAACUAUGUUGCUCAAGAGCAGAGUAUUAAAUCUCAGGAUUGGUUUUUUGGGAAAAUAAAACGAGUUGAUGCGGAGAAAAAAUUACUUGCUCCUGGGAAUCCUAAAGGAACUUUCUUGAUUCGUGAUUCUGAGACGCAACCUGGGAAUUAUUCACUGUCAGUCCGAGAUGGUGAUAAUGUCAAGCACUACCGAAUACGCAAGCUAGAUUCUGGUGGAUAUUACAUAACUACUCGAGCACCAUUCAGUACUUUGAUAGAACUUGUAGAGCAUUACAUUACUGAUGCCGAUGGAUUAUGUUGCAUGCUUUCACAACCAUGCCCAGGCGAAAAACCUAUCACUUCAGGUUUGUCACAUAAUACUAAAGAUGCCUGGGAAAUUCCAAGAGAAUCUCUUCGAUUGGAGCGAAAGCUUGGACAGGGUCAGUUUGGAGAAGUUUGGUCUGGUGUUUGGAACAACACCACUCCUGUUGCUAUCAAGACAUUACGAGUUGGGACCAUGUCACCGCAAGCUUUCUUGACUGAGGCACAGAUUAUGAAGAAAUUACGGCAUGCAAAUCUGAUUCAGUUAUAUGCCGUCUGCACCCAAGAAGAACCAAUAUACAUUGUAACAGAGUUAAUGAAGCAUGGCAGUUUACUGGAUUACUUAGUAAAAGGUGAAGGGCAACACCUCCAGUUACCUGCCCUUAUCGACAUGGCUGCACAGAUCGCUGCUGGUAUGGCAUACCUGGAAAAGAUGAACUACAUCCACAGAGAUCUUGCUGCUCGUAAUAUUCUCGUUGGCGACGGUAAUGUCUGUAAAGUUGCUGAUUUCGGCUUGGCGAGGCUGAUAGAAGAUGACGAGUAUAAUCCACAUCAAGGAGCCAAGUUCCCAAUUAAGUGGACAGCACCAGAAGCUGCUCUCUACAAUCGCUUCACCAUCAAAUCUGAUGUCUGGUCCUUCGGCGUGCUUUUGACCGAGCUGGUAACUUAUGGUCGAAUACCUUACCCAGGGAUGACUAAUGCUGAGGUACUGGCCCAAGUAGAGCGGGGUUACAGAAUGCCAAAACCACCCAAUGCAACAGAUCCAUUAUAUGAAAUUAUGAUAUCUUGUUGGAAUAAAAAUGAACUUGAUCGGCCGACAUUUGAAUACCUUCAGUCUGUACUAGAGGAUUACCUAGUAGCAACAGAGCCAAGCUACAGAGACGUUGCAUCUUAGGAGACUAACAUAAAAUUAAUGUGAGUCAAAUCAAGUAGUAACACCAGUAGCCAUGGUAAAAGCUUGUAGAGAGAUUGGUAACAUACAGUAACGUUUAAUCGCUGUACAAUUAUUUUUCAUUGCGCACCACCCUGAGCUGCACUGAAAUUUUACUUAUACUAUAGUCCACAAGGUAUACUUUUUUAACUUAAAUAUUUUAUGUGAUUUUUAUAUGUUAAUUUAAUAUAGGACUAAAUGAUAAAGUGUUUUAUCAAGAGCAGGUUUUAUUUGAUUGAGAAUAAUAGUGUUGCAGCACAUGGCUUGUCUAUUUUUACAGUCACUUAAAGCCUGCUCUGUGUGCAUAUAGUUUUUAUUGUAAGAUUAGAAAAGAUAGUCAGUUUGUGCAAAACUUUCCUGGAAUCUAUCCAAAAGACCCAUAUCUAUUAUUGUUUGCCACUCUAAUCAUUAAUCAAGACAAAAUUUGAAACAGCAAAAAUCAGCAUUAGGGUACACCAAAUCAAAAUAUGAUGACUAAUUUGAAUGACCAUUGUUAUGGACUGACAAGCCUUGAGUUCAUGUGGAAACAAAAGUGUUUUCACAUGUAUGAGAGGCCAGUCAGUCCGGAACAAUAUUAAUUAUCUAAAUUGGCUGUCAUAGUUUGGUUUAGUGUAUAACAUCAAUCAGAUAAAUUGUUGGGGUAGGUUCUCAUGUACUUUUAUGUACUCUACCAAUGUUUUGAUUGACAGUAGUCUACUGCGGUACACCUGUCACGACUUUUGUUGAUAAGCUCAUAGCAAUAAAAGCAUUUUGAUAAAUUGUUUUGAUAGAUAAUCAUAAAAGGUGACAUUCAAUUUUUUUUAUUUUGAGCUCAAGGGAUUUUUGUGCUUUUUUGUUUCGGCAAUCCAGAACCUUUUCUCCUUUGUUUCCCAUUUCGAACCAUAUCAUCAUCGCAAAAAUGAAACACUUUUCAUUCAUAAUAAUUUGCUCUGUAAAGCAUUUCCUGAAAAAGAGAUAUAAUACUCAAGGGAAGUAAAUGUGAUCUGAAAUGUUGUUGGAUUGCAUUAUCCUUUAUUGCUGCACAAACUUUUUUAUCUUUGCUUUUCUUACUUUUCUAUUAAGUUUUYUUUUAAUUAUUGAUUCCAAAAGAAGAAAAAACAAAAACGAAAAAAAUGUAACGUUUUCUUUUUUUUGCUUCUUUUGACCCAAACAUUGAUCUAUAUUUUUCAUUUGUAUAUAUCUACACUUUGAACUUACUUUCUAUAUUUACUUAUUGCAUAGUUCCAGAAAAUAUCCAUGCCCCACCCAUGGAGGAAAUUGGAAAUUCUGUAGGGGAGGGGAGUCAGAGAAAGAACAAAAUUACAGAGUUUGUAUGGACGAAGUUCCUUGAGGUAGGGGCUUCCUUUUACAAAUUCCGUCCAUGGUGGGAGUAUGGAUAUUUUCUGAAACUACACAAUGCAUAAAGUAGUCGGCAUUAAACAUUCUUAAUGGGGCGAUAACAAUGAGUUUAUUUCUGUAUGAUUAGCAUAUUAAUUAUAGUAUGAUGAUAGUGGGGUUCCAUGAAAUAUACUCACCUUUCCUCUCCCCUGCAAUGAGGAUGGAUUCACUUAUUUCCAUGACAGCAUUACCCAGUUCCAUGGAUCACAAAUAACAUCGAAAUUAUCAUCUAUGGAAUCUGUAUAGGUUUCCAAUUACUGGUUGAAUAAAACGUUUUUGAAAAACUUAAAAAUACACCCUAUUUGUUUUGAGGACAGUACCUAGUGUUUCCCGUUCCAGACCACAUGUCAUUCCCUUGAAUAUACGAUUCAGAAAAUUGAAUGAAUUUCUUACACAAAGGAAUAAUACUCAAGGGAAUAACACAAUGCGGAAAAGGAAAAUAAGAAAUUUAGUUUAUUGUUAGAGGAUGUCAUUGUGUGACAGUACUUGCCCAUCGUUGCAGACUGACAAAAAAAUUGAGAUUUUUUCAGCUGAUUUCAAAAAAUUGAGAAACAAGAAAAAAGGAUUGGUUAACUUGGUAGGGAUGGUUGGACAUGACAGACCAUUACUAUUAUUAGAUAGAUAAAUUGUAUUUCAUUUGAUUAUUGUAAAGACUAGAUCUCGACCAAUCAUUAAAACUCCAAGAGUUGAACAGCCUAGAUCUAUGACAGCACUGUUAGUCAUUAAUUCACUAUUUUUGUAAAAAAUUCUUAUCUUUCAAUAAAAUCGCUUCUAGCCAAA